AUGAUUGCUUGUGAUAAGCGUUCCAUGCAAAGAACAAAGAUGUAUGGGGAGAGUGGAUACCUUGGUAGCACACCUCUCAUAGGGGAGAAGCUGUUAGUGGGGCAACCAUUCCAGAUGACUUGCAUGGAAUUAGAACUUCAUUCUCUCCCUUUGACCGUUCUUGUCGUUGUUCUUCCACCGUCGAUCGAGCCGUACUUCCUGCCGUUCCAGUCGCUUCGACCAACCCGUUCUUUCAUCGUUCUAGUUGCUGUUUCUAGUUUCAGAUCACUGCAGUACCUGUUUCUAGUUUUGACCGUUCAGUCCCUGUUUCAGAUCGCGUUCCGUCCCUGUUCCGUCAUUGGUGCUACCAUAGUUGUUUCAAUUUCUGUCAUUGCUGUCGUCCCCUUUCGGUGCCUAUUCCGAGCUCUAGUUGUGGCUCUGGUAUCAAGGCGGACCACUCGUGCAUCGAAAGGAGAAGAAAAAGAAGAGUUGCAGUUGAUGUGCCACACGUCGCGGUGUGUAGAUCGUCUACCACGGAGCAUAGCCAUAUCUAAGCGAGGGAGGACCUCUUUGUGCCAUGUGCCAUGGCGCAUUGUGCGUCCGCCGCGACAUAUGGCCAUUUUCUGGAUUUUAUCAUAUGCGAAAUGAGACAGAAAAAAGAAAAAGAGAAAAGAGAGAAAGACGAGGCGCACCAUAACUCUGCUAGGGUUUACUUGGGGAUCACUUUGAGAGUAUUUUGAAGGCUACAAACACCCAAGGCCUCGACAACCAAGAAAUGAUAUAGAUGUAUAUUUCGCUUCGUUGAUUGAAGAUUGAAGCUAUUAUGAGAGAUAUGUGUGGAGGUCUAUGAUGGGCACAAGGAGGAAUAAUUCAUCCUACGAACUAUGUUGUUUAGCACUAUAAAUG